AUGACCGGCGGAAAGGUCUCGAAUCGCAUAAAGGAGCAGUACCCUUGGGGGCGCUACCGCUGGUUAGACUCCCUCCUGGGUCUCCCAACCAAGCGCCAGCGCCUGUUUAUCUCCCACCGCAUCGCCACAAGCCCUCUGUCGAAUGCUCUGGGCUGCCUCGUGUUCCUAGGAACGCCCUUCUAUGUCAAGAAGUGGGAGAAGAACGGCGUGCGGUGGCUCGUGCUGGCGACGGUGGCGAGUAUUGUCGUGAUGCUGAUGGUGAUGUGGGGCUAUGCCAUGCUCGUGUCUUACGCCAUCCGCUCUGCCGUUGCUAAAAGAAGCGUGGACGCCCCCUACCUGACGCCGUUGAUUGCAUCGGCACUCAUCCUGGUCUUCGCCACCAUCAGUGUCAGCAUCGAGCUCUCCCCCCUUAUGACAACUCUCAAAAUUGCCCCCUACUUGACUUCAUUGAUUGUGUGCCUCAUCCUUGCCUUCACCUCCCGAUCACCUCGACCCUCCACCUCUCCCGAUGCACAGCCUUCUACCACACCGGUUAUUACUGCAACCUCUCACCACCGCACUUCACCCCUCCGCCCAUCACCUCACACGCUCUCCAGCUCUCCCGCAGGUGCAGCCUUCUACAGCACAUCCUCCAAUACAACCUCUCAUCACCGCACUGCACCCCUCCUCCCUUCAUCUUCCCCCUCUAGGUCUCCCGCAGCACAGCCUUCUACAGCGGAAACAUCUAUCAUCGCAUUCUACAGCGGAAACAUCUACCACUCGCCCGACUUUGAUUGGUCGCAUGCCAUGUCAGCACUGGUGGUCCACGCUGGCAAGCUGGAUGAGGCCAGCCUGGCCCUGAGUUCCGAGCCUAUCGCCCGAGCCUACGUGUUCCCGCACCUGGCGAACAUGCUGAAGCUGCCCUUCUGGAAGCCCCUCCCCCAGUUCCCACCUCACGACGCCGUCCCCCUCGACUGGCUGCUCUACUUCGCCUCCUUCGGCCGCAUUCUCCUGUGGAACAUCAUCUUUAUCCUGCCCGCCAUGCUCCUCUCGUUACUGUCACACGUGGUGGCGCCGCUGGUGAUCGGCGCGGUGAGGAACGUGAUUGUGGUGAUCAGCUUCGGGCUGGCUCAGAACGAGCUGAGCUUCGCGCAUGUCUUCAUGGACGAAGUAUUGGACCUGGGGCUCUCCUCGCAACACGUGGAGCACUGGAACGUGCAGGUGAGCUCUUGCUGUAGCACUCACUGCAGCUUCGGGCUGGCUCAGAACGAGCUCAGCUUUGCUCAUAUCUUCAUGGAUAAGGUGCUCCACCUGGGGCUCUCCUCCCAACACGUGGAGCACUGGAACGUGCAGGUGGGAGGAUGA